AUGCCCGCCCUGACGCCCAACGACCGCCAAAGGCGCAUCAUCCAGCUGUCCCAAGAAUGGGGCAUCCGCCUCCCUCCAGCGCCCGCGCCGCUCUCCCGCCCUCCGCAUCCGCCCUCGUUCCGCACGCCUGCCGAUGACCAGAUCGCCGAGGAGCUCAUGCAGCGCCGCGCCGCCGAUGUCGCCCAGUAUCGCCCAAGGAGCAGCAUCAGACAGGCCUUUUCUUCCAACAACCUCAAGAAAGGCAAGAACUGGGACCCCCGCGAGGUCCUCGAGGUCCUCAGCGCAUGCAUUUCCAACGCUGGCUCGCCCGGCGUGGGAGAGGCCCUCAUCGCCAAGCUGGCUGCCGCUGGCGUCGACCUCGCUGGCGCGCAAAAGCAAAAAGGCGGCAUCCUGACCCGGCGCCGCAGUGUGGAGGGUUUGGGGGAUCGCAGUCGGCUGCUAAGGCUGGCCGUCGAUGGGAACCAGUUUGACAUGGUUCAGCUGCUUCUCCCUAAUGUGGACUCCUUCGCCAUCGACGCAUGCCUGCCCGCCGCCAUCCGCAGCGGCAAUGCGCCUAUCGUCGAGCUAUUGCUGCGUUACGGUGCGAGCGCGGCCCAGACCCCGGACGGACAGGACGCUUUCCGCCAAGCUUGCGCCGUUCACGGGCAGUCGCACAUGGUCAGCCUCAUCUUGCGCGCAGAGGGCCGCCCACCGGCCUCCCUGGCCUCGGCUGCCAUGUGCGAUGCCGCGAGGGCGGGCUGCUUGGAUACGGUGCUUCAUCUCAGCCGGUCAACCGCUGACGGUAACCACAACCACGCCGAGGCUCUCAAGGCCGCGAUCAGCUUGGGCCGACGAGACAUGGCCCUGGCAAUCGUCAUGGGAAACCGCCCACCACAGCGGCCCGGCCUGGACGAGGCUUUCCAGAUCCUAUACGACCAUCCGUCGCUGAACCCCACCAUGAAGGUCGAGGUGGCCGAACUCCUCCUCUGUGCCGGUGCAGAUGGCGUUGUUUUGGCGCAAGCCCUUGAGAAGUCCUGCGAAUCGCAAUUCUUGGACAUGGCGACAUUGCUUGCCUCGCAUGGUGCUUCAGUCGAGUACAACGAUGCGACGACGCUCAAAACGGCCAUUGCGCGCGGGGAAAUGGACCUUGUCAGGUCGCUACUGCACGAUGGCACUGCCUUGAGUUCUACACUUGCCUCCAGCUGCGUGCCUCUCAUCGCAAAGCAGGCGCCUUUCGACGAGAGGUACACCAUACUCACCUUGCUCCUUCGCAAGGGCGCCAACGGUGUUGCGCUUGACGAGAUGCUAAUUGAUGCUGCCGAGGCGGGCGACAUGAACGCUAUAGAUCUUCUGCUGUCGCCAAACUUCCCCGGUAGCUCGUCGAGCUCGCCUCAUGACUCUCCGGCCUCUCCAGCGUCAUACUCUGCCAAUAGACACGAACUGGCAUCCGUGGAUCACAAAUCCGGCGAAGCUCUGCGUACGGCUGUGAUUCGCGGGGACACUCAUAUGACGCAGAGGAUCCUAGCCGGACAGCCCUCUCCUGAGACGCUCGCGAUCGUUUUCCCCCUUACUAAGAAGCUAUCUAACGUGGAUCGUUACCGAAUGGUCGAGCUAUUUCUGAAAAGGUCGUUAUCUGGGCCUUGCUUGCACGCGGCCCUGCACGACGCUAUCAACGAGGACGUUACCCAGCGAGACAAUUCACUCAUUAAGCUACUCCUGAAAUACGAGGCCGACGUCAAUUUCAGCCAGGGCACUGGCCUGACGUCUCUGAUUAAACAGCGAGACAUCGAGCUCCUCGGCACGCUGUUGCAGAAAGCAUCCCCUCAGACGGCGGCAGCCCGCCUCCAGGACGUGAUGCAGGUGUCUGAUCAUCGGGCUCGGUAUGAGAUGACGACGAUGCUCCUCAGCGCAGGCGCAGCCAUCGGAACGAAAGAGAUUUCAUCUGCGUUGCUCGAAGCACUCUCGGAGAAGCCUGUCGACAUGUCACUCUUGCGUCUUCUCCUCCAGCAGGGAGGUGCCGAUAUCAACCUCGUUGAUGGUGCCAUCAUCAAGCAGGCCGUGACGAACCCCGACCCCAAGGUCCUGGAAUUGGUCUUUAGCUUUGGUCGACCAUCAGUCUCGUCAAUCACUAGCGCCUUGAACGACCUGGUGCCACUGCCAUCUACCGAGGGAAAGGGGUGGAAGCUCAAGAUCAUCACGGGCAAAUUGAGCCACAAAGAGGACCUCAGCUGGGUGCUAGUGCACGAGGUGCAAUCUUUGUCCAAGACCAGGACUGACGCCGCCUCGCUCUCGGCUCUGAAGCAGCUGCUGGCUUCUGGCGCUGAUCCAAACGCAUACAAGGCUGCUGCGCUUUGCCACGCCGUGAUUGCCGCUAAUACCCAAGUCGUGGAUAUGUUGUUCGCAUCCAGCCACCCUCCAACACCGGCAGCCCUAGGCACCGCGCUCCCGCACGCGCUACGCAUCUCGGAGCCUAUGGAACGCCUGGCGUUAGCCAAGAAGCUCGUCGAGGCGGGAGCGCAUCCACUCGAGGGAAACCGGGCCUUGACUCACGCAAUCGCUACGUAUCCGGAAGAUGUUGGGCUUCUCAAGGUCUUGGCCGCUGCUGCUGAUACUUCGGAUGGGGAAGCUCUCUCCAUGUCGGUGGCGAAGGAAGUCCCCGAGAUUCUAGACAUUUUGCUCAAGCAAAGCCAAUGUUCGGUCAGCAGUCGCAGUGCGACACUGGGCAAAGCAAUGGAGGCCAAGAACCGCUCUGCGCGGCAACGCAUGUGCCAGAGCCUGCUGAAAGCUGGGGUGUCUCCUGAGGCCGCCUCGAGCGCUUUGCUGGUCGCGGCUCGCGACGGCGACUCUCCUCUCGGCGACCUGUUAAUGGCCCACGGCGCAAGCAUCGCGAACAACGGUGGUCAGGCAAUUGUUGAGGCGUGUCGGGGAGGGUCUCCAGAGGUUCUUGCAGUGCUCCUCAAGUCUGAUCCCAAUACCAGCAAACAGACUCUGGAAGCAGGAUUCCAAGCGGCCACAGAGGUCAGGGAUUUGAACAAGCGAGCGGUAAUAUUCGAGCAGCUUCUCAAGAGAGGCGUUCGAGGCGAGCUUGUCGACCAGCAACUCGAGUCGGCGGCGCGAUACGGCGAAGAGGGGCAGCAGAUUUUGAAAGCCCUGCUGCUGGCUGGAGCUGACCCCAACUAUAACAGCGGCGAGGCGAUAGUUGCUGCCACUCGAAGCGCUUUUAUAUCUAGCCUGGAACUCCUCCUCGGCCUGUGGAAUGAGGGUGGUAACCAGAAGAAGGCCUCCCAGCCGACACUGGUACGCGCUCUCAAGGCCUCAUGGGGUCUGACACGCGACAACCGAUUCCGAAUCAUCGGUGAUCUCUCCAAGGCUGGCCUGCAAGUCACCGAGGACUUGCACAUCGCCCUUAAUGAUGCUGUCAAUGAGGACGACCCCGAGGAGCGACUGGUCCGACUACUUCUCCGGCAUGGCGCUUCACCUUCAGCGAAUGGAUGCAAGAGUCUCGUCGACGCUGCUCAGAACGCGGCAUCUGCGUCUCUCGCACUUCUUCUGGAGAAGAAGAUCCCGCAACAGGACAUUGCGCGUGCCUUCAACCAGUCUUUUACAGCGGAAACGUUCGACAAGUGGUUCACGAAUGCUGGGCUCGAGACUGCUCGGAUGCUCCUGGAAAAGGGGGCAAGCGGGGACGCUAUAAGCUCAGCAUUAGUCCUCGUCAUGCAGCAUUCUACAGCAGAGACGCGCGACUUGGCGGACAGGUUCUUCGAUCUCCUCAUCUCUCACGACCCCGAUGUCAACUACAACAACGGCGAGCCCCUGCAGCAAGCCGCGUCAAAGGCGGACGUUCCGUGGACAUCGCGUCUCCUGGAGCUCCAUCCUAGCGCCGUGACUUUGUCGCUUGCCUUCCAGUGCAUCUUCGAUACUGCCCUAUCACAGGACGGUGUUUUGGACCUAUUCAAGAUGUUUGCGGAGUAUCAAGAAGGUGACGCCCGAAUUGACGUCUUAAUAGGACAGCAGGGCACAGAGCCAGUUCUUGCGAGGGCAAUCAACCAGUACCCGAGAUCGACCAAGAUUCUGUCCACACUUCUGGAUGCAGGAUUCUACUAUGACCAGGCCACAAAGUGCCGGAUUCAUGAAGGCGUCGACGAGGAAGACGUCACGCUCCUGACUUGGGCCAUCGCACAGCCGCAGAAGCGCGUUAGCACGGGCGUCAUUGAGCUUCUGCUGGAGAGAGGCGCCAAGGUCAACGUAGAGUCAAGCUUGUCGCAAACAACCCCACUGAUGCUAGCCGUGCAAACAAAGCGGCCAGACCUGGUCAAAUCUUUGCUACUUGAGGGCGCCGACGUCGAUGCCAUCGACUACUUGGGCAGGACAUCGCUAUCCAUGGCGACGCAUAUCGGUGGCGACAUUGCCGUCCAAAUGAUGUCGAGCUUACUUGCAGCUGAACCCGCCAGGGACGACGGAUCACUGCACAAUGCGGCCCGAGACUUGAACCUCCCAGCCGUCAAGGUCCUCGUCCAGUCCGGCCACGACCCCGACUAUCCGAGCCAGCUGCACGGCGGUCGAAGCGCACUCGGUGAGAUAUGCCUGCACGGCUCGGACGCUGCAGAGAUGACUGCGGAUCGCGAGCGAGCCAUGCAAAAGGUAAUGACCUUCCUCAUCGACUCCAACUCAGACUUGUCAAUCAAGACGAACGGCAAGUCCCUGCUGUAUCUCUGUUUCGACGCCGCAGAUGCAGUAGUAACCACACGUGCACUCCUCAAGAGCGGCAUGUGGAAAAAUAUCAACAAGCCGUUUAACCACUUUGUCGACGGCACUUACACUUAUUCACCCACCAUGUAUAUCACCAAAGUCCUGGCACAGUCGGAUAUCAGCGAACAGCUCUUGUCAGUCCUCCGUGCCAGUCGAGCAAACGACGUCUUCUACGCCAACGAGGGCGCGCAGCCCGAAGGGGCAGUCGGGCUGCCAGAGGACAUGGCGGUCCAGGAGCGCGCACGAAAGGCACGAGCCACCCGCAUCGCGGAAGAAACAGAGGAGUUCUCCCUCGCCAUGGCCCGGAAGCGCGAGAUCGCCAGCGUCGAGCAGCAGAUCCUCGCGCAAAAGGCCGAGAUGGAAGAUGCCCGCCGCCGCAAGCUCCACGGUGAAGACGUCGCGGCGCUACGCUCCCGCGCCCAGGUCGAGGAGUCCCUCGCGGCGGCCGCCCACCAGCGCCGCCUGGUGGAGCAGCGCGCCGUCGCCGACGCGUCCGUCAGCCGCACCCGCGCGCUCGCCUCGACGGAGCUCGACGCCGAGGAGGCGCGCCAGCGCAAGGCCCUCGAGUGGGAGACGAGGCUCAACACGGAGCGCGUCGAUAACGCCCGUGCUCUGAGCUCCAUUCGCAUCAGCGAGCGCCAGGAGGUGGAGCGCAUUGAUAAGGGCGCAGAGAGCCGCAUCAAGGGCCGUCUCGACGCGCAGCGUAAGCUCGUCGAGAGUCAGGAGAAGCUUGCGAAGCGCCUGGCUGAUGGGCCGAACGGGGGGCAGCACAUGGGCAACGGGAGGCAGAUUGGAGCCCAUAUGAGCAAGAGCAACGAGAGCAACGAGAGCAACGAGAGCAACGAGAGCAACGAGAGCAACGAGAGCAACGAGAGCAACGAGAGCAACGAGAGCAACGAGAGCAACAGGCAGAGCGCCGCUGCCGUCCCAUACCUACGCCAGUAG